AUGCAGGAGCAGCAGAGGGAGAGGGAGAUGGAGAUGGGAAAGGGUACUGCAGAAUUAAUGGAUGAUAAUAAUAUGAAUAUCGAGAAUGAUCCGGCCGACGCGGAGGCGGAGAGGGAGGCGAUGAUGAAGCUGACGCAGCAGGCUCGGGCGUGGGAGUUCACAUGCUCCUUCUGCUUCAAGAGGUUCCCGUCGGCGCAGGCCAUGGGAGGCCACCAGAACGCCCACCGGGGGGAGCGCCUGGAGGAGAAGCGCCUCUUCGUCAAGGACCCCAUCACCCACCGCAAGCGCAACUUCCUCAGAGCCCAGGCCCAGCAGCUCAGGAACAAGACCAACAGCAACAACAAGAUCAAGGCCGGCGCCGGGGCAUCCUCCCCCCUCGCCUCCUCCUCCGAUCUAGACACAGCUCCGCUUCCUCCUCCUCCGAUCAUCGAUACCAUCCCCAAUAAUAAUAAUGAUAAUAUUAAUGCUGAAACUAAUGAUCAUAUAGUCUUCGGGGAUGACGCGGGGUUGGUUACGAGGAAUUUCAUGGGGGUCGUCGUCGUCGACGAGGAAAGCCAUGGCACUACUACUGCUGCUGCUGCUGCAGCGGCCGAUGAUCAUUUCAGCCUUGUCCAUGCCAGAGGGAGAUCAGCAGCAGCAGCACCACCUUGCGGUGGCGGCGAUGAUGAUCGUGAUAAAAUUAAUCUGGACUUGACUCUCAAAUUGUAG